CGCGUGACGUUUCAGUCGCGUUCGAAGGAAGGGCGCGAGAGGAAGGCGCUGCUCGCGGAGCUGACGUCAAACCUCGGGUCUUGCCCCGUGCGUUGGAAUGCGUAGAACGGGUUUACUCUUGGAAAGCUGGCAUUCAUGUUUUUGUUUUUUUUUUGUUUUUUGUUUUAUUAGAGGUCUAUCGGCUGUUACGGUCGUUAGCUUUCAAGCGUUUUUGAUGUCUGAGUGACCAGAGAAUAGGAGUAAACGAAGAUUUAGCUGUUGUCCCUACUGUAAUAGCAGAAGAAGCUAAGAGCACCGAUCACUAGAGACUCAUCCCAGAGGGUAAACACCAGUGCUUUGUGGUGACAUCAGUGGAGUUUCCCUCAGUGCUGCUGCACUCUCCUUUAAAAGAUCUACCCUACAGCCAAAGAGUCAGUGCAUCGCCACCAGCAAGCCACACUGCAGUACGAAAGGAGGACAUUAGAACCGAUUACCAUCACUUUAUCCACAGCGGCUGCAGUUAAACCUCUGUAAAGAAAACUAAGUCUUGGACUACAUUCCUACAAAGGAGGGAUUAUUAAACACAUCACCAAUGGCCAGUGACAAGGAGGUCAUUCUGGAAGUGCAAGGGGCAGUGCUGAGCCCUGCGCAGGCCACAGUCAGGAGAGAGAAGCAUGCCAGCCGUGCGUGCUCUGUCAGCUGGAACCUGUGUGGGGUCCUGUUUGCAGUGAGUCUGUGCUUCGCGGCUUCCCUCUGCUUCGCCCUCAACACGAUGCACAGAAAUGCCGAGGAAGCGUAUGACAUUAGGCACACACUGAGAGAGAUAUCUGGGAAUGCCAAGACUGCAAUUCAUUUAUCAGGUGAUUACAACUCAGAAGUAUCCAAUACGUCCGUAGAGUGGCGAGACAACGAAGAUCACUCUUUCGCCGAAGGUGGGCUACAGCUGAAAGACAACCAGAUCCACAUCCCCCGGAACGGCUUGUACUUUGUCUACAGCCAGGCCACCUAUCACGUUAGCUGCACAACAGACCCAGAUCAUCCCUCCGACCAUGACGUUGUUCACUUGAGCCACGAGGUGUCAUGCUGGUCUGGCUCGUACGACAGUUGGAAGCCGCUGCUGAGCACCGUGCGGUCGGUGUGCGAGCGCGCCCCCGCUCAAAGUGACGACAGCGGAGAGUCGUGGUUCACCGCAGUGUAUCUCGGGGCCGUGUUCAGACUGCAGGCCGGAGAUCGCUUGUGCACUAGGAUGGAUACGGAAAGGCUGCCCGAGAUAGAGGGAGAAAACGGGAAAACGUUCUUCGGAGCUUUUUCCUUGUGAACUCCUUGUGGGCAAAAGUGUAAACCGCCUGUGCCAACCUCACGCAGUCUCGUCUUGUUGCAUGUUCCUCUAUUUUCCAUCAGCCGCUUGGACGAGUAGAUGAUUUGUUUUAUAUUAAAACACAUCUACGCUUAAAGAGUUUAAGUAGUGUAGUGUAAUACUGCAAAGGUCUAAAUGGCUCUGUUUAAAUAGAAUGUUGGCAAUCAGCAAAUUUCGUUAUUUUUCGUUGUUUACAAUACUUCUGUAUUGUAAGGUAGUCAUAAAUCACCAAACCACAAGCUUUUUUUCUAUAGAAUUUUAAUUAGAUAGUGUGUUUAUUUAUCUGUUUAUUUAUUGAAGUAUUUAUGUAUUUAUUUAUUUAUACGAUUUGUAAAAUUGUGAUCUAAAUAAGACACAAUAGGAAAAACGUGAGAUGUAUAAAAGAUUAAUAAACAUUUUUACAAUUC